CACGAAAGCGAUGAGCUCUGGGAUGGACCUGGGCCCUCGGUGACAGGAGCCCCGAGUGCCCCGUCCCCGGGGGCGAGACGCAGGGACACCAUGGGCAGCAAGGAGCGAUUCCACUGGCAGAGCCACAAUGUCAAGCAGAGCGGUGUGGAUGACAUGGUCCUGCUGUCCAAGAUCUCUGAGGAGGCCAUCGUGGAGAACCUCAAGAAGCGUUUUAUGGACGAUUACAUCUUUACCUACAUCGGGCCAGUGCUCAUCUCCGUCAACCCCUUCAAGCAGAUGCCGUACUUCACCGACCGGGAGAUCGAGCUGUACCAGGGGGCGGCUCAGUAUGAAAACCCCCCCCAUAUCUACGCCCUGACUGAUAACAUGUACCGCAACAUGCUGAUCGACGGUGAGAACCAGUGCGUCAUCAUCAGCGGAGAAAGUGGAGCUGGGAAAACGGUGGCAGCAAAAUACAUCAUGGGCUACAUCUCCAAAGUGUCCGGAGGUGGCGAAAAAGUGCAGCACGUGAAGGACAUCAUCCUGCAGUCCAACCCGCUGCUGGAAGCCUUCGGGAACGCCAAAACUGUCCGUAACAACAACUCCAGCCGCUUCGGGAAGUACUUCGAGAUCCAGUUCAGCCGGGGCGGCGAGCCCGACGGGGGGAAGAUCUCCAACUUCCUGCUGGAGAAGUCGCGGGUGGUGAGCCAGAACGAGUGCGAGAGGAAUUUCCACAUCUACUACCAGCUCAUCGAAGGGGCAUCCCAAGAGCAGCGACAGAACCUGGGUAUCAUGAGCCCGGAUUAUUACUUCUACCUGAACCAGUCGGACACGUACCGGGUGGACGGCACGGACGACCGCAGCGACUUCCACGAGACCAUGAAUGCCAUGCAGGUCAUUGGCAUCCGCGGUGAGGACCAGCAGCUGGUGCUGCAGAUCGUGGCGGGGAUCCUCCACCUGGGAAAUAUCAGCUUUCGGGAGGAAGGCAACUACGCUCAGGUGGAAAAUGCUGACUCCCUGGCCUUCCCUGCCUACCUGCUGGGGAUUGACCAGGACCGCCUCAAUGAGAAGGUGACCAGCAGGAAAAUGGACAGUAAGUGGGGCGGCCGCUCCGAGUCCAUCACGGUCACCCUCAACGUGGAGCAGGCCGCCUACACCCGCGACGCCCUGGCCAAGGGGCUCUACGCCCGCAUGUUCGACUUCCUCGUCGAGUCCAUCAACCGGGCGAUGCAGAAGCCAUAUGAGGAGUACAGCAUCGGGGUGCUGGACAUCUACGGCUUUGAAAUAUUCCAGAAAAAUGGCUUUGAGCAAUUCUGCAUUAACUUUGUGAACGAGAAGCUGCAGCAGAUCUUCAUAGAGCUGACCCUGAAGGCAGAGCAGGAGGAAUAUGUGCAGGAGGGGAUCAAAUGGACCCAGAUCCAGUACUUCAACAACAAGGUGGUCUGCGACCUGAUAGAGAACAAGCUGAACCCCCCCGGGAUCAUGAGCGUCCUGGACGACGUCUGUGCCACCAUGCACGCCACUGGCGAGGGUGCUGACCAGACCCUGCUGCAGAAGAUGCAGGCAGCUGUGGGCAACCAUGAGCACUUCAACAGCUGGAGCUCUGGCUUCGUCAUCCACCACUACGCAGGCAAGGUCUCCUACGACGUGACUGGCUUCUGCGAGCGCAACCGGGAUGUGCUCUUCACCGACUUGAUCGAGCUCAUGCAGAGCAGCGAGCAUGGUUUCAUCCGGAUGCUUUUCCCAGAAAAACUGGAUUCAGACAAAAAGGGACGACCGACCACCGCAGGCUCCAAAAUCAAGAAACAGGCGAAUGACCUGGUGAACACGCUAAUGAAGUGCACGCCACACUACAUCCGCUGCAUCAAACCCAACGAGACCAAGAAACCCCGGGACUGGGAAGAGAGCAGGGUGAAGCACCAAGUGGAGUACCUGGGGCUGAAGGAGAACAUCCGAGUGCGCCGGGCAGGGUUCGCCUACCGCCGCCUCUUCCACAAAUUCCUGCAACGCUACGCCAUCCUCACCCCUGAGACAUGGCCGUCCUGGCGCGGGGACGAGCGGCAAGGGGUGCAGCACUUGCUGUGCUCUGUCAACAUGGACCCAGACCAGUACCAGAUGGGGAGGAGCAAGGUGUUCGUCAAGAACCCCGAAUCGCUCUUCCUCCUUGAAGAGAUGCGGGAGCGGAAAUUCGACGGCUUUGCCCGGGUGAUCCAGAAGGCCUGGCGCCGGCACAUCGCCAUCCGGAAGUACGAGCAGAUGCGAGAGGAGGCCUCCAACAUCCUCUACAACUUCAAAGAGCGGAGGAGGAACAGCAUUAACAGGAAUUUCGUGGGCGAUUACCUGGGCAUGGAGGAGCGGCCAGAGCUGCGGCAGUUCCUGGCCAAGCGGGAGCGGGUGGAUUUCGCAGACUCCAUCACCAAGUACGACCGCAGGUUCAAGCCCAUCAAGCGGGAUUUCAUCCUUACCCCCAAGUACUUCUACCUGAUCGGGCGGGAGAAGGUGAAGAAAGGUCCUGAGAAGGGGCAGAUCAAGGAGGUGCUCAAGAAGAAGGUGGAGCUGCAGGCGGUGAGCGGCAUCUCGCUGAGCACCAGGCAGGAUGAUUUCUUCAUCCUCCACGAGAGCGACGCCGACAACUUCUUGGAGUCCAUCUUCAAGACGGAGCUGCUCAGCCUGCUCUGCAAACGCUACGAGGAGCUCACCCACACCAAGCUGCGCCUCUCCUUCAAGGACAUACUACAGUUUCGAGUGAAGAAGGAGGGCUGGGGUGGUGGUGGCACCCGCAACGUCACCUUCAUCAGAGGACAGGGGGACGUGGCCACCCUCAAGGCUGGAGGCAAAACCCUCACGGUCAGCAUUGGGGAUGGGCUCCCCAGGAACGCCAAGCCUACAAGGAAGGGGGCAACGCAGAGCAGAGGUGGCAGCAGGCACCCAGCGCCCUCCCGCAGCACUCCCCCAGCAUCCAGAGGUGCCUGCAGAAAUGGGGCGCCCCAGUUCCCACGCAGCAACAGCCAAGCGCAGCUCGACACCUACUCGGCACCCCAAAAACAGGCGGGGUUUUUUUUCGCACUGCCACCCCGAAAUGCCACCCGCCAGACUAAGACACGGCCCCCAUCCGAUCACAACAUGGACUUCCUCAACGUGCCCGACCAGGGGGUGGCCGGCAUGCAGCGCCGGCGGAGCCUGAGCCAGCGGCCACCACCAGCCAGACGGCCCAAGCCGCCCGCCGUGCCGCGGUGCCGGGCACUCUACCAGUACAUCGGGCAGGACGUGGACGAGCUCAGCUUCAACGUGGGGGACACCAUCGACAUCCUGCUGGAAGAUACCUCCGGCUGGUGGAAAGGCCGGCUGCAUGGCAAGGAAGGGCUCUUCCCUGGGAAUUAUGUGCAGAAGAUCUGA